UGGACUUUCUUUCGCGAAAUAGUCAGUUGAAAGAGGCUGACUUGAAGAAGUAAGUGUUAUGAGAAGCAUUUCAUGAAAAUGAAUUUGUUGAAGUUUUUGCUGUUCUGUACAUUCGUUCAAAGUGUGCGUGCUGUAGUUUACACGAACGAAAAUGGUGUUACGUUUGAAUACAUGCUGAAUUUUAAAAGGAGAUGUCGUUCUACUGAUGGAAGAUUUGCAUUUCUUCACAGACUCUCUAUUUCCCAAUGUGUGGAACAAUGUGGCUUGCGACCACACUGUGCUGCUUUGAAUUAUCGAAGACGGGCGCAAGUUUGUGAACUAUUUUCUGUAGCGGAUGAAGGUGUAAAGACAGUAGGGGACUGCUUGUUCAUACCGGCGUCAAAAAUUAAUGUCCUUCAGAGUGUUUGCGGUGCGUGUGAAGAGGGCAAAGUGUGUGACACAAACACUCACACAUGCAUCUAUAAAGAGUGUGAAGCAGCAAGUGCCCCUUUGAAUGGCCAGAUAUUUGGCAAUAAAAAUGAGAUUAGGGCCACUAUUAAGUACCAGUGUGACAAUGACCAGCCCGACAGCUCCGUGAAUGCUGUCUGUCAAACCGAUGGACAAUGGAGUGCGAAUGUUAAUUGCACUACAGGAUGUGGCAAUGUAUCUAUUCCGCAUGGAAACAUCGUGCAAGAUAGCUUAGAUGUAAGCAAGGCGUCUGUAACCUGUGACGCCGGGUACCAGACAAGUAUUUCUACAAUCAACUGCACAGGCUCCGGCAGUUGGGAGAACACAACAUGCGAUCCCAUAUCUUGUGGAAAUCCAACAUCAAUAGCUAAUGGAAACAUAGUUCUGAAUAGUGGCACCUUGUUCCAGAAUACAGCAACAGUGACCUGUGACACUGGUUAUCAAGAAAGUCUCAAUGUCAUAAGUUGCACGGCUUCUGGCAGUUGGGGUACCGUAACGUGUGAUCCAAUAUCUUGUGGAGUCCCGGCUACAAUUGCUAAUGGAAUCAUAACUCUAAAUGGUGGUACUACGUACCAGGACACAGCGUCUGCUACCUGUGAUACCGGCUUCGUAGAAAAUACCAGUACCAUCAGAUGUACGGCUUCAGGCAGUUGGGAUACCGUAACCUGUGACCUUAUAUCUUGUGGAAGCCCACCGUCAAUAGCUAAUGGAAACAUUGCCUUGAAUUCUGGCACUAUCUACUUGGACACUGCGUCGGUGACCUGCAAUGCGAACUUCCAUGCAAGUUCGAGCACUAUCACUUGUACAGCUUCUGGCAGUUGGGAGACUGCUUCAUGUAACCCUGACGACUGCUUCGUAAGCAACGUCUGGGAUUAUGCUGGAACAAAGAACGUUACUCCUUCUGGUUAUGCUUGCGAAAACUGGGUGGAUCAUAGUUCAGACUGGCGCGUGAAUGCCGAAUGGAUGCCAGAGUCUACAAUAGCGGAUGCUAAAAAUUACUGCAGACAACCGGCAGACCAGAACUGGAACAUUUGGUGUUUCUCCUCCAAUCCAAACCAUGAAUAUGAACUCUGUGGCAUUUCACAAUGUUAACUAUACGAUAUUUUCCACAUGCGUUGUCCCUCUGCAUAAUCUUCAUCCCAAUAUAUUCAUAUUGUAUCAGAAAAACUGAACCAAACAUCGACAGCAACGUCUUGCACUAAAAUAAAAUUGAUCAAAAUAUUUCAUACUGGCCCUGUUGUUUUACCAAGUGUGGUAUUGGCCCAAAGCAAAGUCGGAAAGCCAAUACAACUGUCCGAGUACAAAGAAUAAGGCCGAUAUGAAAACACUUGAAUAAUGAGAAUUUCAUUGUUCCUCGGUAUUAGACCAUCAAUUGAACUAGUCAAAAUGGUCGAAUCCUGUACUAACCAAUUUAUUUAAUUCAUCUUCUGUUGUUUUUCAGUGCUGAUCGGAAGUUCUUUGCAAAAUGUACUCCAAUAAGUUAUAGAUGUACAUAUUCCUAGGCGAACAUAAAGUUAUAUUAUGUUCUACCAUGAUAAAAUGUAAAAGGAAACUGGAAACUUCAUAAAACUAUUUAACAACUUUAAAACAUAUAUACAUAUAUAUGACGUCAUGACGCACUGCACGUAACGUUACGCGAGUAAAAUUGAUAUAGUUUUCUUAAGGUGCAUUCUGUCGCUAAACUAUUUACAUUUUGAUGCUUGUCUUUACAACCCUUUUGCGACUUGUUACUGAGGAGUUACACUUUUUGGUGAAUGAAACCCCUCUUGAAAAUGAUUAAGCUCUCUUUUGACGUAUAUGUUUUGGAGAAUAAACCCCAAGGUUUACCUGAAUAUCCGGACAAAUGAUAGAAAUAAUCCUUUUUGUGAGGUCAUGCGUAUUUAAAUGAUAGCUACUGCACGCAAGAAGUAUUCUCUAAAAAUUCGUUACCCAAACUUACCUAAGUAAAAUAUCUGCUUCCUGUGAGCAAUCAUUUUUCAAAUUGUCAUUAAAGUGUGUGUUAGAUUCGAUCAUUUCAGACAGUCUAUAUUUUCUUCUUUUUUCUUUUCGUAAAAACGUCAUCAUUUCAUAAUUGAUUUGACGUAUGCAUGUGUAUUUACAGCAAUAAAAAAACAUUAUAUCUCUUACAAGGACAAUACACAUAAAAGUCA